AUGUGUGUGCAGGACGCUGAUCAAGAUGCCCAAGAUAUGAACAACAUGGACAAUACAAAAAAGUUAUGGCCUUUGCAUGGUGAGCUUUUGCUUACCCAGAAAGAGAAUUUGGAAAAGGAAUCUUCUUUGAGAACUUCAAGUGGCGAAAGGAUCAGUAUUGAAAAUUCAUUUCCUGACCUGGAAAGCAUAGGUGAGGAUGCAGUGGUUGCAGACAAGAAACAGAACCUGAUGAAUUAUGUCCCUGAUCUACGGUCGGGAGAGUGGUCCGAUAUUGGAGAACACCCUUACAUGGAGGAUACUCACAUAUGCAUUGGAGAUUUGGCAAAAAAGUUUAAUUGUAACAUACACUCUGAGGAGGCUGUUUCCUUUUAUGGGGUAUUUGAUGGACAUGGAGGGAAGAGUGCUGCACAAUUUGUCCGUGAUCAUCUGCCAAGAAUUAUCGUUGAGGAUGUUAACUUUCCUUUGGAACUAGAGAAGGUGGUCAAAAGGUCAUUUUUGGAGACUGAUAAAGCAUUUGCAAAGACAUCCUCUUGUGAAUGUUCCCUUUCUUCUCGUACAACUUCGCUAACUGCAUUUAUAUUUGGAAGGUCUCUACUUGUAGCCAAUGCUGGAGAUUGCCGAGCUGUCUUGUCCCGUCAUGGAAGGGUUAUAGACAUGUCCAAAGAUCAUAGGCCAAACUGCACCAAAGAGAGGAUGCGGAUU